UUUUCUCAGAGCGGAGCGGUUAGCACCUGCAGAGAAGGAUGUCUGGACGUGGGAAAGGCGGUAAAGGGCUCGGGAAAGGAGGCGCUAAGAGACACCGUAAGGUGCUUCGUGAUAACAUUCAAGGCAUCACCAAGCCUGCCAUUCGUCGUUUGGCCCGCCGUGGGGGAGUGAAGCGUAUUUCUGGCUUGAUUUAUGAAGAGACUCGGGGCGUGCUGAAGGUCUUUUUGGAGAACGUCAUUCGGGAUGCCGUGACCUACACCGAGCACGCGAAGCGAAAGACCGUGACUGCGAUGGACGUUGUUUACGCUCUGAAGCGCCAAGGUCGUACUCUGUAUGGCUUCGGAGGCUAGCAAGCUGAGUUACAGAAUGUAAAACCCAAAGGCCCUUUUCAGGGCCGCCAAUUCUGUCAGAAAAAGAGCCAGGUCCUGUUGCUUGCUA